AUGGGGCUUAUCACUGAUGCUUCCCUGCCUUGGCUUGUGCCAGCAGGCCAAUCUCGCCUUCGGGAUCAGUAUGACCUCUACGUUGCGCCAUACUUGAUACCAGUGGCUAUUUCCACGGUCGUUAUUUACUAUCUGUCUGUCAAGUUUGACCGUCAUCUCCGGGGUAUCCCUGGACCUUUCUGGGCAAGCUUCUCCAGCAUAUGGAAAACCUGGGAUACCUACAAGGGACGCUCUCAGUACACAACAAUCAAUCUCCAUCGUCAAUAUGGCCCUCUAGUCCGCGUGGGACCCAAGCAUGUCUCCGUCGGAGAUCCGGCAGCCAUCAAGACGAUUUAUUCGGUGAACGGAGGCUUUACCAAGACUGCCUUCUACCCAAUCCAGGCAGCACGCUACGAAAAGAAGCCACUGAUGAAUCUCUUCGCUACUCGCGACGAGGCCUACCAUAGCCGGAUCAAGCGGCCGGUGGCACAUACCUAUAGCAUGGCCGCGCUAGCGGAGCUCGAGCCCAAGAUAGAUCACGUCUCGAAACUCUUCAUGGAAAAGCUAAAGAACUUUGAGAGAGAGAACCAAGCAUUCGACCUCGGGGAGUGGCUCCAAUGGUACGCUUUUGACGUGAUCGGCAACCUCACUUUCUCUAGAACCCUCGGGUUCAUCGAAGAGUCGAGGGACGUCGACAACGUGAUUAGCUCCAUUGGCGCAUUUUUCAUCUACGCCGCCGUUGUCGGGCAAGUUCCCUGGCUUCACAAGCUGCUGGCUGGCAACCCUCUCCUACCGAUCGUCAUGCCCGCCAUUGAAACGUUCAACCCGGCUGUCAACUUUGCCAACAAAUGCAUGAACGAGAUGGGGGCAGAAGAGGUAAACAAGGGCCGGGACGACUUCCUGGUUCGGUUCCAGAAGAUGAUGAAGGAUGGUGUCCGCGGUGGCACGAAUGGCGGCGCCUUCGGGAGCGCCGACAUUGUAAACCAUACCAGCACCAACGUGCUCGCCGGGAGCGACACCACUGCCAUCGCCCUGCGCUCCAUCAUCCACAACCUGAUUACCAGCCCGGUCUGCUACAACAGGCUGCUCCGUGAAAUCGACGAGCUGGACAAGGCGGGCAAGCUGUCGGACCCGGUCAAAGAGAGCGAGGCGCGACAGAUGCCGUACCUGCAAGCCAUCAUCAAGGAGGGAAUGAGGCUUCAUCCGAGCGUGGGUAUGCUCAUGGAACGACAUGUGCCCAAAGGCGGCGCCACCAUCUGUGGCAAGUUCAUCCCCGAAGGCUACGUCGUCGGCAUGAACCCCUGGGUUGUCGGCCGGGACAAGCGAGUCUACGGCGAGGAUGCAGACGAGUUCCAGCCCGAGAGGUGGUUGGACGCGGAUCCGGAGCAGCUCAGGGAAAUGGAGCGAUCGUCCCUUGCAUUCGGGGCUGGGAGCCGCGUCUGCAUUGGUAAAAACAUCGCCAUGAUGGAGACGUCCAAGAUGAUACCGCAGCUAUUCCGCGAGUUUGACAUCACUCUGGUCGCACCGCAGAAAGAUCUAGAAACCGUCAACUACUGGUUCCCCGUUCAACAAGGGUUGAUCUGCCGGCUGAGAACUCGGCGGGGACGAGACUAG